CCGUCUGACCGACUCCUUGGGUAUAUUAGUGCGGCAUCUGCGUGUAACACGUUGCCUUUAUUAUGGUGGUCUGAGGUUGUUGAUUGUGAAAUCCAGGAUGUAGGAGCUAUGUUGCCGCAGCCUCUGGGCUCCGGGAUCCGAGAGCUCUUUUGUAUCGGCCGGUGGAAUCUUUGGAUGUUCGAGCUGUAUUGCCGCGACCUGUAGAUUCAGGGAUCGUUUACACUUGAGAAGAACUACUGAACAGCACGUGCCAGAGAUUGAGGUCCAGGUCAAACGUAGAAGGACAGCCUCACUGAGCAACCAAGAGUGUCACUUGUACCCAAGGCGUUCUCAGCAACAGCAAAUUCCUGUGGUGGAUUUCCAGGCAGAACUGAGACAGGCGUUCUUAGCUGAGACACCAAGAGGUGGUUAAAGCAGUAUUGGAACUUCAAGGUGGUGGAAGUCAACAAAAACAGGACCUAUCCACUGAUUGUGAAACUUUGGUCAAGCUUACACUGUGUUAAUAGCCUGCAUCAAACCUUUAUUUAUUGCCCUUCUCCAAGUAUUAAGGAUCUUGAAAUUUUAGUGUUGACAACUGCUAUUGUGGAACAGCAAUCAUGACUGUGGGUAAGAGUAGCAAGAUGCUCCAGCAUAUUGACUAUAGAAUGAGAUGUAUCCUGCAAGAUGGAAGAAUCUUCAUUGGCACCUUUAAGGCUUUUGACAAGCAUAUGAAUUUGAUCCUCUGUGAUUGUGAUGAGUUCAGGAAGAUCAAGCCAAAGAAUGCAAAACAGCCAGAACGUGAAGAAAAACGGGUUUUGGGUCUGGUCUUGCUACGUGGAGAGAACUUGGUUUCCAUGACAGUGGAGGGUCCACCUCCUAAAGAUACUGGCAUUGCUCGUGUGCCACUUGCUGGUGCUGCAGGUGGCCCUGGUGUUGGAAGAGCAGCUGGCAGAGGAGUACCAGCAGGUGUACCUAUUCCCCAAGCUCCUGCUGGAUUAGCAGGCCCUGUCCGAGGAGUUGGAGGCCCAUCCCAGCAGGUCAUGACCCCACAGGGAAGAGGCACUGUUGCAGCUGCUGCUGUUGCUGCUACUGCUAGCAUUGCAGGAGCCCCAACCCAGUACCCGCCAGGACGGGGAACUCCACCUCCACCUGUAGGCAGAGCAACCCCACCUCCAGGCAUUAUGGCUCCUCCACCUGGAAUGAGACCACCCAUGGGCCCACCAAUUGGACUUCCCCCUGCUCGAGGGACACCUAUAGGCAUGCCCCCUCCAGGAAUGAGACCCCCUCCUCCAGGAAUUAGAGGCCCACCUCCCCCAGGAAUGCGUCCACCAAGACCCUAAGAUACAGUUGAUAAAUCUCAGCCCUUCUCUUUCCCUACAAUGCUUCUUGUGAAAUUGUGUCGCCUGCAAGCUUUUGACCCCUCUUACUGCAUUAACUAUAGAUAAUAAAUACAUAGCGCAAUUGAA